GUGGACCACUCUGGUAGUUGGCUUGGGUUCUGGAAAGCAACUUUGGUAGUGAUUUACUUCCAAGAGGAUUCAGUGGUUACUUGCCUCUUCACCGGAUAAAGAUUUGUUAAUACUCUGGCUGGUAGUUGGCUUCAGUUCUGAGCUCAUAAGGCAGAGGAUGCUACGGUUUUGCAAGAGUAUGACUAUGGCUAUGAGGCCAUUGUCUUAAUCGAAUCGGACCCAAACAUUCACGAUUGCAGUUGAUUUUUUGGUCCCAUCUCUGUUCAAAUGGUCGUGGAAAAGGAAUUUCUCCAUCAUUCCCACGUCCCUCGCUCUCUUUCUUCCCUUCAGAGUGAAAGUAAAAGUCUCCGUUAGGGUUCAUGGAAGCUUCCUUCUGAGAAACUGGAAAGUUCGAGGUUGAAGUUGCUUUUAUCAAUUAAGAUAAUGGAGAAUCCUGAUCAGGAUCAGCAAGAUCCGAGGAGUGUACCUGGUGUGGAGGACACCACUGCAAUGACUAUUGAGUUUCUUCGUGCUCGACUUCUAUCGGAAAGAUCUGUUUCGAGAAGUGCAAAACAAAGAGCUGAUGAACUAGCAAAAAGAGUUGCAGAACUGGAGGAGCAGCUAAAGGUUGUGUCCCUUCAAAGAAAGAUGGCUGAAAAGGCAACAGCAGAUGUACUUUCCAUUCUAGAAGAUAAUGGCGCUAGUGAUAUUUCUGAGACACUUGAUUCAAACUCUGACCAUGAAACACUAUGUGAAUCAAAAGUUGAGGAUGACCCUGCAAGGGCAGAUGUGAACUCCAAUUCGACACGAAGGAGAAAUGUACAUGAAGAAUAUUCAGGUUCUGAUAUUGAUACUUCUCCAGUGCUUGGUGGAAGCCUGUCUUGGAAGGGACGAAAUGAUUCACCACAUACUCAUGAAAAGUACAAAAAGAUUUCCAUAAGAAGUCGAAGCAGUUUUUCAUCUAUUGGUUCUUCUUCACCAAAACACCGCCUUGGUAGAUCAUGCCGCCAGAUUAAGCGUAGAGAUCCAAGACCACUAAACAGGGAGCAAGAGCUCAAAUCUGAGGCACUCGUGGAUAGUGCUCAAGAGAUUGCACCAUCUACAUGUUCAGAAGACUCUCGAAAUUGCUGCAUAAAUGGGCCUAAGAUAUUGAGGGAUGGUCAUGAUCUUCAUGAGGAGACACGCUCAGGUUCUUCACCAGAUAAUAGUUGUGUAGGAAAUAAAGAUAAAGAUCAUGAUUUGGAUGAGUACGAAAAGGUAAAUGAUAUGGAGAAGGCAUUGGAAUGUCAAGCACAACUCAUUGAUCAAUAUGAAGCAAUGGAAAAAGCUCAAAGAGAAUGGGAAGAGAAGUUCAGAGAAAAUAACAACAGUACUCCCGAUUCUUGUGACCCUGGAAACCAUUCAGAUAUCACCGAGGAAAGGGAUGAGAUCAGGGCACAAGCUCCAAAUCUGUCUGGUAAUGCUUUCCUUGAAAAUGAGGCUAAAGCACAGGUCGCAGUCGAUUGCAUCCCUAGAGAUUCGUACCAAGCUCAAACCAAUGGGCUUGGCCCCUCUUUGUGUGCUGAUGUAGAAGAGUUGCAGGAUCAGAAUUCGAAUAGCAUUUCUACUUCACGGUCCCUUGAAGAAUUUACGUUUCCUAUGGCUAAUGUGAAGCAGUGCCAAGAAAGCCAAGAAAAUAGGGAACAAGAACCUUCUUGUACCUCCCAACUCAACUAUGGACUCCCUGAGAGGCCAUUGUCAUCUCAUGGUGGUAUCAAUUUCCAUGAGAAAGAACCUCCGUGCAGCAAGAAUGAUCUAUAUGCAUUGGUGCCACACGAACCGCCUGCGUUAAAUGGUGUACUAGAAGCACUUAAACAAGCGAAGCUAUCACUAGCAAAGAAAAUCAACAAAUUACCCUCAGUAGAAGGUGAAUCAAUUGGUAAAUCCAUUGGAACUCUUUCUGUUCCAAAUGUCGGGGACAGGUUAGAAGUCCCUAUCGGAUGUGCUGGCCUCUUCAGACUUCCAACUGACUUUGCUGCUGAAGCUUCUAGUCAAGCAAGCUUCCUCAGUUCGAGUUCUCAGUCGAGAUCAGCUACUCAUUAUCCAGGCGAGGGUGGUGCAUUAUCUGCAAAUCCACAAAUUUUCCCUAGUCAUGAAAGGGAGGAUAGAUCAAGUUUUUUAAGAGACAAUCGCUUACGGAACGGCCGUUACGGAUUUCCAACCGACCAUUUUCCUGAGAAUGGAUGGAACAAUCCAGGCCAAGGCCAGAGGUAUCGUUUUGAUCGAAGCUUUGACGCAAUUCAACCCUCUCCCCAUGUAGUACACCAGUAUCCACCACCUCCAGUAUCCUCAAGCAUACAUCCUAACGAAAGUUUGUUAAGACCUUUUCCGAGCCGGAGUAUAGAAAUGUCUCCAGCCAACCAAUAUUCAUAUUAUGAUGACCAAUAUAGGCCAAAUAUGUAUAGAUAGGUGCAUGUAGUUAUAAGUAUAGACAUGUGAUAUAUUCUUCAGGUUCCAGGAGAGCUGUUGUUCUUCUGCAACAAUGGACUCGGGUGGUUCUGGAAGAAAAUUGGCCUUCAAGAGGAGAUUUGACCUUGUAUCAUACUGUAAGUUUGUAACAUUACUAUUGUUUUUCCUUUAAUUUAAGGUUGUUCUGCUUAGACAUGAGGCCAUUUUCAACUUCCACGUAAAAAAUAAAGUACUGGAUGUUUUGAAUCCUACACUUGUGUUGGA